CUUUCCCUUCGCGCGCCUCCGCGCGCCUCAACCUCCUCCUCGGAGGCGGGUUCCCAACGCCCCUUCCAGGUCCCCGGCGGUUCAUCCCUGGCCCGGCUCGCCCUCGGCAGGCUCAGUCUCUUCCCCUACCACUUCCCUUUCCCUUCCGGGUACCCUCUUAUCUUCUCAUACCUCGGAGUCCCCGGACAGGGGCUGAGGGCCGGGCAGUGGAGUGACCGCAGCUCCCCAGGAGUCCCCUGCCCGGCCUCCCCAGGCGGGCAGUGGAAUCGGCCGGGCCUCUGGGCGCACCAUGCGCAGCACCACACUACUAGCACUGCUGGCACUGGUCCUGCUCUACCUGGUGUUGGGCGCCCUGGUGUUCCAGGCCCUAGAGCAGCCCCACGAGCAACAGGCCCAGAGGGAGCUGGGGGAGGUCCGAGAGAAGUUCCUGAGGGCGCAUCCAUGUGUGAGCGACCAGGACCUGGGGCUCUUCAUCAAGGAGGUGGCUGAUGCCCUGGGAGGGGGUGCGAACCCUGACACCAACUCUACCAGUAACAGCAACCACUCAGCCUGGGACCUGGGCAGCGCCUUCUUUUUCUCAGGCACCAUCAUCACCACCAUCGGGUAUGGCAACGUGGCCCUGCGCACAGAUGCUGGGCGCCUCUUCUGCAUCUUCUAUGCACUGGUGGGGAUCCCACUGUUUGGGAUCCUGCUGGCCGGGGUCGGGGACCGGCUGGGCUCCUCCCUGCGUCACGGCAUCGGUCACAUUGAAGCCAUCUUCCUGAAGUGGCACGUGCCACCGGAGCUGGUGCGAGUGCUAUCGGCGGUGCUUUUCCUGGUGAUCGGCUGCCUGCUCUUUGUCCUCACACCCACGUUCGUGUUCUGCUAUGUGGAGGGCUGGAGCAAGCUGGAAGCCAUCUACUUCGUCGUAGUGACUCUCACCACGGUGGGCUUCGGGGACUAUGUGGCCGGUGCCAGCCCCAACCAGAACUCUGCAGCCUACCAGCCAUUGGUGUGGUUCUGGAUCCUGCUUGGUCUAGCCUACUUCGCCUCAGUGCUCACCACCAUCGGGAACUGGCUGCGAGUAGUGUCCCGCCGCACUCGGGCAGAGAUGGGCGGCUUCACGGCGCAGGCCGCCAGCUGGACCGGCACGGUGACCGCGCGGGUGACCCAGCGGGCCGGGCCCACCGCACCGCCGCCGCCGGAGAAGGAGCGGCCACUCCUGCCUCCACCGCCGUGUGUACCCCAGCCUGCCGGCAGGCCCCUAUCCCCUGCGGCCCCGGAGAAGGCCGAGCUGCCCUCCCCGCCCACCCCACCCACGGCCUCCGCGCUGGAUUACCCCAGCGAGAACCUGGCCUUCAUCGACGAGUCCUCGGACACGCAGAGCGAGCGCGGCUGCGCGUUACCCCGUGCGCCACGGGGUCGCCGCCGUCCCCCCAAUCCCCCCAGGAAGCCCGCGCGUCCCCGGGGCCUCGGGCGUCCCCGGGAGAAAGGCAUGCCUGUGUAGGUGCAGGACUCGGGGCCGAGCCUCUCAG